UUCCUCGUAGUAAUGCCAGUGAAUCUUGUCAAGAACUCUUUGUGCUUUGAAAACAGACAUAGGGAUAUGUUUUUGUGAUCUUUAAUUAUGAUUAGUAAGCCAUGGUUUGAUCCUCAAUCCAAGUGCCUACUAGGACCAUGAGAAGCAUAGUCUUUACUCUUGACAAAGUAGCUGUCUAGCUGUCUGUCUCAUAUGUCUUAGUUUUCUAGCCUCAUAAAUCGAUGAUGUGAUACAUCAAUCCAGAAAGUUCUACCCCUAUUUUAAGUGUUGUUCAGUUUAUCAGAAUGCUUAUUACUUGGUUAGACUGGGAUGGUGAGCUGGUCAGUCUUUCUUCCGUGUGCUUGCUACUCUCCCAUUCAGUAGAGCCGAGGAAUUAAUUAUCAGAAGAAAAGUCUUUGCUCUAGUGAAGGAAUUGUCACUUUUAAGACUGUGCCUGUUCAACUAAGCAGGUGGUGGCUGGCUUCUACUUUGGCUUGAUCAAGUGCUCAGUUUUCUGAAGCACCUCAUCUUGUGUAUUUGCAUGAAAUCAACAAGGCAAGUGCACAUGACUUAUUUGCAUCUCUGGAGUCUGUUUUGUGGUCUCUUCAUUUCUGAGCUUUUUUUUUUCAAAUAGAGUGUUCAAGUAUUUCUUACACAAAUUUUAUAUCAGGUGACGUUCGAAUUGACAAGCUGCAACUUUUGGCAGAGCAGCUGUUUGUUUCAUUCCACAUUUGCGAUGGCUUAUCAUACCAAAUUCCUCCUUUUGUUUCUGCUCUUUGGGAGCUCAUCGUUUUGUUUUGGUUUUCAACUUGAUAUCCAGUGCCUGUUGUCUGUGCAAGAAUCAGUGAUUGAUUCCAAAGGCAUACUCAUGUCCUCAUGGGAUUUCGUCACCAAUACCACCGGUGGUUACAUAUGCCGAUUCACUGGCGUGGAAUGCUGGCACCCAGACGAGAACAAGGUUUAUGCUUUGCGUCUCAGCAACCUAGGGCUUGAAGGCCCAUUUCCUCAAGGUCUUCAACAUUGCACAAGCUUGAACAUACUGGACCUGUCAAGUAACAAACUUUCAGGACCGAUCCCUGCUGACAUCUCAUGGAGGCUGUCGUAUGUGUCAUCUCUGGAUCUUUCCUUCAAUAAAUUUUCAGGUGAAAUCCCAGAUAGUAUAGCAAAUCUGAUAAAUCUGAAUGGCCUCAACCUUCAGCACAACCAAUUAAGUGGACGGAUUCCUGCUUCACUGCAGAAGUUUGAUGCUUCAUACUUUGCUGGAAACCAGGAACUUUGUGGUACACCACUGCACUAGUGUCCUAGGAGGAGAUGGAGACUGAGACGGAUCAGGCUGACCAGCAUCAAUGAUCAGUCCAGCAUCGGAGCAGUCGUCGUGGGGUUCGUGGUGGCCUUCUACUUCCCUCACUGCUUCAUCUUAUCUGAGAGGCUCCUUGUCCGGAUAAUAUGACCCAGUUGUUCUGGAACUUUGUCUGCCAUCAACUUCCGGAGGCCAAACAAGCACUUCCAACAGCAACUUUAGUUCUCACCCCUGCAGUAGCAGUUCACCAACAUGUAUACCUGGUACCCUAGCGAGUGUAGUGUUUUUUCUUCACUUUUAAUGCAAAUGGUGCAAGGUAUUCUCUUAAGGAAAAGAGCGAUGCACGGAAUUACAGGUUAUAUACUUGUAAUGUUUUUUGUAGUGUAUUUGAGGUUUCAAAAAAAGACAAAGAGUUAUAUUCGUGUUCA